UAGUCGGGUAGGCGUCCUUUUGCGCGUGUUCUUGUUCUCGAUCGCCGUUUGCAUAUGUGGGGACCGGCGUGGGAAAAUGUCGUGCUGGGUAUUGCUAAAGAUCGCGCGUUUAGAUUUGUGAAGCUGGGAGAUGGGUUUUUCCGUACGAUUCGUGAGGCCGAUUUCGCGUGUCCUGCCUGAGCAUGUGAUCCGAGCUAUACUUAGAUUGAGGGGGAAGGUCAGAUGAAGAGAUGGGAUUUCCAGGAAUUUAGAGAUUAAUGGUUGUGGAGAUGGCAUUGUUGUGUGACGGCUUGCCUGAGCCGACGAAGCAUUGAAGCUUACACAGCAGCAUUGCUUUGGCAGACCUGUUGAGGAGAUGAUGGUUAUACAUCUGCGAUCCGGAAAUGGCUCGACGCUCGCGGUGCUGAUACUAGGGAAAUUUAUUCAUAGGCUUGCGAUCUCGUUGCUUUGUCUUGGAUCUGGGCAGUUGAAAAUCAAUGAGGCGGUCCAGGCGAAAAUUGUAAAAAGUUCAGAAUCUAUGUGGAAGUUGACAUACCACGCCACUGUUGAAUCUUGCGUUCUCAAGAUCACUUAUCACGAGCCAUGGUUCUGGGACACAUCAGAGUAUUUUGAAGGCUGGCCUAACCAGGAGUUGAAGCUUCCUCUAAAGCUUAUCUACGUAUGCCAAUGCGGAUUCUACCUUUACAGUAUUGCUGCUCUUGUUACCUGGGAAACUCGAAGGAAGGACUUUCCUGUCAUGAUGUCCCAUCAUGUAAUCGCGGUCUUCUUGAUUGGCUACUCAUACUUGACUAGUUUCUUUCGAGUUGGCGCGAUUGUCCUGGCACUUCAUGGUGCGAGCGAUGUGUUCUUAGCAGCUACCAAAGUUUUCAAGUACUCUGAACAUGAGCUUGGAGCGAGCGUUUUCUUCGGAUUAUUCGCCCUUUCAUGGCUCGUGCUACGUCUAAUAUACUUCCCAUUCUGGGUCAUCAGAACAACGGGCACCACUCUUUGUGAUUACUUGCCAAUGGGGGAAGCUUAUGCCACACUGCUUUAUUACAUAUUCAACUCAAUGUUGCUGAUGCUGCUCAUCUUCCACAUUUAUUGGUGGGUCCUAAUAUGCUCUAUGAUCAGAAGGCAGCUAAAGAACCGAGGAAAAGUGGGCGAAGAUAUACGAUCCGAUUCGGAGGAUGAUGAUUAGAUUGCAGAUUGUGUCAAGCCAAUUCAGUUCGACAAGCUUAUUUGUAGAUGCAGAGGUUGAGAAUGUACCGUCGGUUAGGAACUCAUUUUGAAGUGCAUACACAGUCCAACUAAGGACACUUUUCAUGAGUUCUUGUGUAUAAAAUGAAAAACAGGCAUUGUGUAAGUUUCCCCCUUGGCUCCAUGGAUAAAACUUCAGUUUAUUUCUUUUUGGAACUAACAGCAUAUAAUGCCAUGAUCGGCAUACCAUUACGAAAGAAAAUAAUCAUUGUUGAAGUGGCUA